GGAAAAUAAACUUUUAAUAACACGAACAAGAACGCUGAAAACAACUAUUGCGGCAUUAAUAUUCUGGAACAAUAAAUGAGCACAACGCGAAUGGCAAGCAGGAAGAGACGCUCAAUAUGGACGGAAAAGGACGAAGAGGCGCUCAUAACCAAAUGGGAAGAGCACGCGUGUGCUUUACGGAGAGCGAAAAGAAAUGCCCACAUAUAUAAGGACAUUGCAGUCAAAAUGGCAGGCAAAUACAGCGCGGAGGAAGUUCAUAUAAAAAUAAAAAACUUAACUCAGAAAUAUAGAGAAGAGAAAGGCAAAAUAGAUCCAUUAGGCGGAAGCACUUCAACUUGGAGGCACUUUUCUGCUGUGCACCGCAUUGUAAGUAGUACUGCGACGCACACUGGCCCCACUAUUGAGUCAUUUUCAAUGAAUUCAAGUCAGCUGCUAUCGCCUUCACCUUAUUCACAGCCAUCAUCGUCACCGAAAGGAUCGAUGUCGCCAAUUAUGCCCAUAGACGAGGUUCCAGGGCCAUCCUCACCGCUGUCGCCAUUAUCACCUGGACUGACAUCGCCGCUAGCUGCAGUUGCAGGGCCAUCCGUAUCGGCAACUAGGAAGAGGAAAAGAAAUGGUGCAAUAGAAGCCAUAAUGAUGCAACAAACGAAACUGUUGGAGAGUGUCAUUGAGGACACGAAAGCCCUAACAAACCAAAUUGUUUCUGCUGUAGAGCAAAACAAUUCUGCAUCAGAGAGAAUAAUAUUUCUGAUCGAGAAAUUAAUUGAUAAGAUCUAAUUUAGAAUUUUUACUUUUACUUGCUCUCAAUGUGUGUGUUCAGUUAAUGUUUUAAGUUCUUAAUGAUCUCUUGUACGGAGUAGUGUUAAGCUUUUGUGAUAUUAAGAAUUAAAUUAAAAAAAACACCGCUAUUUAUAAGGA